AUGAUGGACUCGCAACCUGCCAACACCGAGGCAGUCGCACCGGUCGCGACUCACGCGAGAGCAGAUGCCGGGGAUGUGCAGCUACUGGCACGGAUGGGCUACAAGCAGGAACUUCGUCGACACUAUUCCACCCCGCAGGUUUUCGCUAUCGCAUUUAGCAUCAUGGGCCUGGUGCCCUCUAUCGCGUCGACACUCUCGUUCUCUCUCCCCGCGGGUCCGGUUGGCAUGGUCUGGGCUGCUCUCGCGUCUGCCAUGCCGACAGCUGGAGGGCUGUAUUGGUGGACACAUUAUUUUGCCGGACCAAAGUGGAAGAACCCAUUGAGUUUCUUGAUCGGAUAUAGUAACACAUUGGGUUUGAUCGGUGGCAUGUGUUCGGUGGACUAUACCCUCGCACUCAUGAUCCUCUCCUGCGUGUCGAUAUCACGGGGAGAUGGAUGGUCUGCCUCGCGCGGCGUCAUCUAUGCUGUUUACGUCGGCCUAAUCCUCUUCCACGGGCUUUGCGGUUCCUUGGGUGGACGUUUGAUGCCAAGAAUCCAGACAUUUUGCAUCUAUAUUAACAUUGCCCUCGUCGUUGCGACUGUAAUCGCUUUGCCGGUUGGAAAAGUGAUACGAGGUGGGUCCCUUAACUCUGGCCAUUACGUCUAUGGUCGUAUCGACAACGAGACUACAUGGCCGGCCGGAUGGGCAUUUAUGUUGGCAUGGCUCGCUCCAAUUUGGUCAAUCGGCUCAUUUGACUCAUGUGUGCACAUGAGCGAAGAAGCUAUGCAUGCAUCCAAGGCUGUACCUCUUGGAAUCAUCUGGUCGGCAGGUUCGGCAUCUGUGCUUGGCUUCUUAGUGCUGUCCAUCAUUGCUGCUACGAUGAACCCGGACGUAAGCGCGACAAUCAGCACAAAGUUCGGUCAGCCAAUGGCUCAAAUUUACUAUGACGCAGUAGGCAGAGAGGGUGCUUUGGCAUUUAUGGCUGUACUCUGCAUCAUUCAGUUCCUCGUCGGUCUCAGCUUGAUUGUGGCUGCUUCCCGCCAAGCAUGGGCCUUUUCUCGCGAUGGCGCACUUCCAUUUUCUAGGUUCUUCCGCCAUGUCACAAGCAACUAUCUAUCAUGGGGCACCCCGAUAUUCUGCCGCUUGGUCUGGGGCGAGGAAAGGUUCACCCCCGGAGAGUUCUACACCGGCCGGUACAGUAGACCUAUUGCAUGGGUGGCCGUUGUCUAUCUCCUUUUUGGGGUGAUCUUGUCUGUAUUCCCGACAGAGGGUCCCAGUCCAACUCCGUCCAACAUGAACUACACCAUCGUAAUCAACGGCUUCGUUUGGUUUGGGUGUAUGGCUUAUUAUUUCCUUUUCGCACGGCGAUGGUACAUUGGACCCCAUAUGACUGUCGACGAGAGUGCUUCUACUGCUUCAGACAAUAUCAUUUUCGUACCAGCUCCCCAUGCGCUCCCUACCGAGGCACUCGGAUCUUUUGACCACAAGUAA